AUGAAAGCUAUUGCAGCCACAUUUCUGGUGCUGUGUCAUCUGGCCAUCAGUCAUGACUGGAACUGUGAUGAGGGUCCGCGGCUGUAUAAUGCUCAACAGAUUGACGCUGGGCAGGGGCAAGUGGUGGCAACAGACAGGUACAACUAUCCGUAUGUCCUGAUCGGAUCGUUUUGGCAGCGACUGAGCUCAAUCAGAUUCAAGCAUCUCUCAGUGGGAUAUGCAGGACUUUGGGGAAGUAGCACAUCAAACAUCGUCUUCAAAUACGUUGCUGGCAACUUUGUACGAUCCACUGGUCAGUCUAUGCAGCAGGUGGAUGCUGGAGGUGGUGAUCAACUUGUGGGAGUCACUACCUCCAACCAAGCCUACUGUCUGAGAUGUAGCUCAGCUUUGACCUACAGUGGAGUGGGUUACCUGAGGUGGAAUUCCCUGUCAAGAAGGUUGAAGUACUACACCUGUAGCCCAAAGAACGGAUGCUGGGGAGUCGACACGAGUAACCGGGUCUACUUCACACGGACAAUAAACUCAGUAAGCUGUGGCACCUCAGGCUGGACACAAGUGGCAGGGCAACGCAUGAAAAUGGUUGAAGUGGGGACUGACGGAACUGUUUUUGGAGUGACCUCACGCGGUGACGUCUACCAAAGAGUUGGCAUUGUCACUGGUCGCCCAUCUGCUGGCAGAUAUUGGGCCCGUGUCCCAAUGUGCAUGAGAGUCCGUCACCUGAGCUACGACCUGAACAAACUUUGGGUUGUUACCAACUCUGGUUUAGUCCUGAAGUGCACACGCUAAUGCUACCUGCAUGGCAGAUACUCAGUGCACACUCAUCUCUAUUUAUCAUGGGAGAUUUCAUUUUUGUCAAGGACAGGAAUCUCUAAAUGGU